AUGCAGAAAAGGCUCAAGCAGGCCAGACUCACGCAGACCAAACUUACGCAGACCAGACUCACGCAGAUCAGACUAAUGCAGACCAGGCUCACGCAAAAAAAGGCUCACCCAGACCAGGCUUAUGUAGACCAGUCUCACGUAGACCAGGCUCAUGCAAAAAAGGCUCACGCAGACCAGACGCAUGUAGACCAGGCUCACGCAGACCAGGCUCACGCAGACAAGAUUCAUGCAGACCAGACUCACUCAGACCAGACUCACGCAGAACAGACUCACGCAGAACAGACUCACAUAGACCAGACUUACGCAGAUCAGGCUCACGCAGACCAGACUCAUACGGACCAGACUCACGCAGACCAGGCUCACGCACACCAGGCUUACAUAGACCAGGCUCAUGCAGAAAAGGCUCACGCAGAACAGACCUACACAGACCAGACUAAUGCGGACCAGGCCCACAUAGACCAGACUCACAUAGACCAGGCAUACAUAGACCAGGCUCAUGCAGAUAAGACUCACAUAGACCAGACUCACAUAGGCCAGACUCACAUAGACCAGACUCACAUAGACCAGGCUCAUGCAGAUAAGACUCACAUAGACCAGACUCACAUAGACCAGACUCACGCAGACCAGGCUUAUGCAGACCAGACUCACGCAGACAAGAUUCAUGCAGACCAGACUCACUCAGACCAGACUCACGCAGAACAGACUCACGCAGAACAGACUCACGCAGAACAGACUAAUGUAGACCAGGCUUACGCAGAUCAGGCUCACGCAGACCAGACUCAUACGGACCAGACUCACACAGACCAGGCUCAUGCAGAAAAGGCUCACGCAGACCAGAAUCACACAGAACAGACUCACGCAGAACAGUCACACAGACCAGACUCAUGCAGACCAGGCUCACGCAAAUCUGGCUCACGCAGACCAGGCUCUGCACCCUUGAUUUCCAAAUGA